AUGCCUUCCUCGAAGCCUUUGAAAAUCAAGCCCUCCGAGGUUGCGGCGGACACCAAGAAGAAACUGAUCCCAGAAGUCAACAGAUACUUCCGCGAGGAGUGGCCCCCAUACUCAGUUCUCUACUCUCAGCCGCUACUCCAGCUUCCGCUCAGCCGCCCGGCCUUCAUGAGCUCAGACUUACCCAACUUCUAUGUCGUGCAUAGCGAUCCUGUAGACUGCGCACUGGGCUGGGCUCAAAGUGAAGGAGUUCGGAUCCCCUUCAUCUGCGCCGCGAACGAGAAGCGACCCGGAGGUGAUUGGGAGACAGGUGUUGUCGGUUACGAGGAGAGAUUAUGCCGUCGCAGCAAUCUGUCAGCAACGUUGGGGUCUCCCCAUCCGGAUACAUGCAUGCCAACCAACUACCCGAUCCCGAUCGAAGGAGCCAUCUAUUCUCCCGAUGUUGUUCGUUUCCGCCAGUUUCAAGAUAGGAUCGAGUCAUUGGAUAUGAAAGAUUGGAGGUCGCUGCCAGUUAUUUCUAUGCCGCCAGCUCGGUGGCCGAAGCUCACAGACAUGGGACGAAAGUACUCUUUUUCGGAAGAGCGAGAAUUGGUACGGAACAAGAUGCGCGCCGCCUUGCGAAUCUGCGUGUUCAACGGCUACAACCACGUUGUGAUCGGCGACUUUGGCCUUGGCAAUGGCUACCGCAACCCGCCCAAGGAGCUGGCGGAGUUGUGGCGCGAAGUCUUUCUCUACGACCCAGAAUUGAGGGGCCAGUUUCUCGCCGUCAUGUUCGCUUUCGAAGACGACAGACAGUGCACAGCCAAGUUCAUCCUCGAUGACAUCGCCAAGAAGACGAAAGGGAGCAGCAGCAGCAGCUCUUCGAAAAGCAAGUCAAAGAGCUCGUCGUCAUCAAGUUCAAGCGGCAGUUCAUCCAGUCAUAAAAGCGACUUCAAAAUCUUCAGCGAAAUCUUCGCGACGAGCGAGAUAGCUAGAGUUCGGAGCCAACCUGACCCACGCUACGCCUUCUCUGCAAUUAUGGAUGGGUCUUGA